UGCAAUGACCAUAUAAUGCCCGCUCUGGAACCGACUACCGCCACCGCCCGCCCGAAGCUUGCGCGUGCUUCGCGUCAAGACUCGGAGCUAUUUGCCAGUUAUUACCAGUCGCCACUGGCUGAUGCUGGUAUUGGCUACGACAACCACCGCAAGUCUUUGUCCGGAGAAUCCACGAGCUCGUCAGACUACUCUUCUGACGAGUCUUCUGUCUCCCCUCCUCGCAGGCCAAGUCUGCCAUCUGAGGGUGGUAAUGACCGUCGAAGGCUGGCAAUUGUUCAAACGGACUCCCAGCCAGUAGCCAAGGCACCUAAUCUGGACGGAAUCGCGUUGGUUGCCCCUCCCGACGCCAAAUCUUCAGCAUAUAUCCACGACAAAUCCCAUCACCGGUCCGCUUCUGAAGUCUCCAACAAAGCUUCACGCGACGUUGGCAUUGUGGGCACCAGCACCGACCUCCCUCGCAUCGAAAUUCCUUCUUUACAGCCCCCUGUUUUCCAGGAACCACACCCCUCACGCGCUGCGACGCCUAAUUCGCUCCCUGGCCCAAAACGCCGGUCAACAGACCUGUCAAUUCGUACUCCUGAGCUUGGCCAGUCCAAGAAAAUCGAUGCCCCCGUCGCGCCUCCCGUAGUUGUCGACCUCGGUCUUGACCCCUCGCUGAGUCCUAGCAUUGCGAGAGAUUACUCGGCUUACCUCAAAUAUGAGCCGGGGCUACACUCGACUGCUGGACCUUUACCACCGCCUCCACGCACAACAUUCGCUAUUAACCCUUCUACGCCCCCUCCGCCCCGGCCUCCCCGUCUACAUUCACCUCCUCCCACCAACCGGAAAGAUGGAUUACAGUUGCCGGGUGUUACUGCCGUGCUGAGCUCGAGCGGGUCAAGCACCCCUUCAUCCUCUAAUUCUCGAUCUGUGUCACCUGCACGGCCUCUGGGCAGCAGCGGGGACGAUUCCCCACAUGACGACACCCUCCACCGCCGCGAAGGCGCGUUUUCGCCCUCUGUCAUCUCCACAAGUCCUUCCGAAUAUAGUCCCCCGACUGUGCACGUUAACCGGUCAAUCAACGGGAUGAUCGCUGAAGAAGCAAAAGAUGAACAACACGCUUCCGUUGUCGUGUCCCCUCCGCAGCCAACAAUUGCUGAGGAAUGGACGCCGUCACGGUCUUCCGAUGACCAUGCGUCACAGGACGCGAUUUCGUGGGAGUCGUUUUCGCAGGAGGGCUUCACUCCCAGUCCACCGCCAAAAAGCUUUAGGGCGAGCCUGACCAAGGGACUGCGCCGCAUUUCUUCGAUUCCACGCACGAGUUCACCGUCGAGAAACUCUUUGACAAGAUCUUCCACAUCGAGAUCUCCGCCUGCUUCACAUCCAGUCUCGCUUCCCAUACGACGACCUCCGAAGAUUAUAGAGCAGUAUCCAGCCGCGUUGUUCUCUGCUGACAUUCUAUCACUGAAGAAGAGUACCGAUCGGACCGCGUUAUAUGCUCAGAAAAUCAACGAACUCUAUAUCCAUGAUAGUGGCUUGAGCGACUGGUUGGUUGCCACCCAUACCCAUAAUGCAGGUGGCGGCAAACGUGGAACGAUAACAGCCAAGCCGCGGCAGGUAUCCCGCUCGUCAAUCAAGUCACACGCAACCCAGGCAACUUUCCCGCGCCGGCCCGACGCGAUGGUCGCUACUGACUUGGCCACGAAGCCAAGCGACAUUGCGCCCACCGCACCAUCAUUACCAUACCCUGCACUUUCCCCACGCUCGAUGACUGCACCACUGUCCCCGCCCACGUCACUGCGGAUGUUGGCCGUCAGUCCAGCCAAGGGCAAUUUCUUCUCAUCAUUAGGGCGCAAGGCCAGCAUGAGCAGGAAGGACAAGCCGAACAUGUCAUUUUCUGCCACGACGACCCGACUCGUGAAGAGUCCCCCACCCUCAGUCUCGCGGCCGCUACUGGUCCCCAACUCACCGGCAGUUCCCGGCGGGCCACGUGCCCCGCCUAAUCGCGCCCAGAAGACCCAGAGCAUAUCACCCACACCCUCCCCGUUAUCGUCUAAUGCUGCUGCUCUGCGCCGCCCGUCGCUGUUCACGCCCACCACCUCCAGUUCGUCCUCCGAGUCACGGGACCGCGCGUUCGAAAGCCAGGUGGACAAGCUGUCCGAUCUACUUCCCCAGGCAGAGCGGUCGGUUCUCGCAGGCUACCUACGCCGUGCGGGCCAGGACAUGCUUGCGAUUGGCCAGUACCUCGAGGACGAGAAGAACGGGCGGGUUAGGCGGGAGUAA